AUGGUUAAGAAGAGAAAGAACAACGGCCGCAACAAGAAGGGCCGCGGCCACGUCAAGCCCAUCCGCUGCUCCAACUGCUCGCGGUGCACGCCCAAGGACAAGGCCAUCAAGCGGUUCACCAUCCGCAACAUGGUCGAGUCUGCUGCUAUUCGUGAUAUCUCGGACGCCUCGGUCUUCGCCGACUACACCGUUCCCAAGAUGUACCUUAAGCUGCAGUACUGUGUCUCUUGCGCCAUUCACGGCAAGAUUGUUCGUGUCCGCUCCCGUGUCGGCCGUCGCAACCGCGCUCCCCCGCCGCGUGUUCGGUACAACAAGGACGGCAAGAAGGUCGUCCCCACCCAGGCCAAGACCCCCACUGCUUAA